CAAAAUUUGAAUGUUUAAAGAAUUCAAAAUUCAAAGCGAGUCCUGACAUUUAUCAACUAACGCCUACCUGCGCUGCGAUUAUGGAUGCUGGGGAACCGGUUGUCAUCUACAUCAGCUCAGAUGAAGAUGAAGAGGAAGAAGACUCCACCGAGUCCGACACCGCCUCCGGCGACGGAGGAGAAGGAGGGGCUGAAACCAGCGAUGAUUCCGAUUGUGUCAUUCUAGAAGAAGACCCUUUUAAGCCGAAUGAAGAACUGAGCGAAAUAGCAAGCGAUGAUUCCGACGAUGUGCUCGUGACUGGCGUAAAGGGUCAGGCUGUUGUUGCUUGUAGAGAUUAUCCCCAUCCUAGGCAUCUUUGUGUUAAAUUUCCCUUUGACACUACAUCGCGGGAAAUUCACUGUGACCAGUGCCAUUGCUAUGUCUGUGAGACACUUGCUCCAUGUGUCUACUGGAGAAGCGACGAGACUUUAAGCCACUGCCAUGCCACCGAUAAGAUCAAGCAUUGGAAAACACUUAGAGAAACUAAGAAGAAUGAGAUUGUUCUUCGGUUAAAUAACCUCAACCUCGGCGAUUCCAAAUCUCAACCAUCUUGAACUCCUCCCCGCUUUAGAUUCCUCUCGUGCUCACCUGAUAUAAUAGAACUUCUAUUAUAUGGAAAUAGACAACCAAAACUCAACCCAUGAUUCAUCCACCCUUUAGCUUCUCCUCAUCCCAAAUUGCUCUCCUCCAAAGCUAUAAGGGAAGGGAAGGGACCAAUGUGAGGGCAAAGGUGCUCAGUGGUUUAUUAG